AUGAACAGCCCAACGAAAAUCCUUCCGCACGAUUGCACCGCAUGGCGAAGAAGCAGCCAGGCAGCCGCAGAUCUCUAUGACAGCGGGGUGAAGCUAUGGACGAAACAAGGUCUGAAAGAUGUUGAACAGCAACUCGAAGAUUUGAAAUCGCGUCAAGUAUUCAGCAUUCGCUCAAUCGACGGAACAUUUGUCCAUAUAGAGAACCCCAUGUUCAAUGUGACAUCGCCAAUCUGGAAGCCCCAGGUCGACUUUCGAGAUUACUGGCGCCUGGUCAAGGACCAACCCGUCGAGCCAGCGGAAACAUGGUACUGCACCAUGGUCCCAGAAUGGUUCAACACCAGCGCCGGCCACCUUUGCAGCAGUCUACCAAACUUAGACUCCCUCUUUGAAGAGAACCGGCGCGCCUGGGCAGAGAGCGAUAGUCGCCAGCUGCUGACGUCGCAGCUGCGUCAGCUGAGUUCGGUCAAGGCUGUCCGUAAAAUCCUCUGCUUCGGGCUGGGGGACUUUUGCGCCAACCCACCAGAGUGGAUGAGAAGAGAGUCCGGCAUGGAGCCUGCAGAGCUUGAAAGGAGCUUUGUGAGCAAAGCGAUGCUUCAGCACUGCAUUUCCUUGACAUUGAGAGAGAUAUGCAGCGAUCUGGCCGGCUACGAAGUUCAACUCUUCGCCCAGGACCCCCGCUACACCGACGAGACCGUGUCAAUGCUGUCAAGCAACGAUUGUUCGAUAGUCGGAGAGUUCAGCGCCGGAGGCUUUGCGGAAAUUGACGAUGGGAGCUUGAUCUUUUCGGCGUUUAUCGGUGCGCCGCUCAAGCAGAUCAUCGCCGACCUUGCACGUCCCGCAAUCAUCAUCGAGACGGGCUACGGUGUCUUGAAUAAUUCAAUGCAAGUAGCCCAGGAGACUUUUGCGAUGAACCUAGCUAAUUAA